AGAGGACAAUCCCCAAGAAGUAUAGAAGGAAAGAAAAACAAUGGAGGAGAACAAGAGCAAAGUGACACUACAUGGGAUGUGGGCAAGCACAUACUCAAAGAGAGUCGAAAUCGCCCUUAAACUUAAGGGUAUACUCUACGAGUACGUGGAAGAAGAUCUAAGCAACAAGACGGAGUCGCUAGUUCAACUCAACCCUGUUCACAAGAAGGUUCCUCUUCUUGUCCAUGAUGGUAAACCAGUGGCUGAAUCACAAGUGAUUCUUGAAUAUAUCGAUGAAACGUGGAAGAAUUCUCCUCGUCUCUUGCCAGAGGAUUCUUAUGAAAGGGCCCAGGUCCGGUUCUGGGUCAGCUACAUCAACGAACAGGUGAUUGAGGUCAUGCGUAAAGUUCUGUUUCAAGAAGGUGAAGCUCAAGAAAAGGCUAUAGAAGAGGCUAGAGAGAGGUUCAAAGUUCUUGAAGAAGGACUAAAGAAGCAUUUCCCGAAUAAAAUCAUCAGAGAGAAUGAUGAUGUCGGGCUUUUGGACAUCAUCAUUAUCUCUACUUUUGGAUCCCACAAAGAUUAUCAUGAACUGUUCGGUGUAGGGAUCAUUGAUCCAGUGAACACUCCAACAUUAUACAACUGGAUAGAGAGCCUGAAAGAGCUGGCCGUGAUUAAAGAAGCUGAAGUGCCUAGUGAUAGGUUGGUGCCCUUUCUCCAGAUGUAUAGACAAAUGCAUCUCCAGCAGGCUGCAAACACGUAAUGAGAUCAAAAUAUUGGUCUAGUGAUUUGAUGUCUCAAAGAAUAAUAAUAGAUUGAAACUAAUAAAUAAAGGCACUUGCCAAGUUAUUCCUUGAGACAAGUCGUUUAUGUGAUGGCAGUUACUAAUGUAUGAUAUUGAAACUAAAUAAAUGCAUUUGUCAGUA